GAGGGGUCCCACUGUCAGCAUGGAGGAGUCUGACUUGCUGAAGGAGAGGCUCCAAGCUAUCACUGAGAAGCACCGCAUUCAGGAAGACAUUAGACAGAAGAAACUGGAACUGGACCGAGAGAAACUGAAACUACAGCAUCUAAAGAAAAAGGCUCUGAGAGAGCGGUGGCUUCUGCAGGACUCAGCUUCCCACAAUGCAACAGGCUCUUCACAGCAACAGAGCCUUCUGUCUGACCAGCAACAGACCAGGGUGCUGCAGCUCAACAUCCACAGGAAAGAGAUGGAGGUGGAGUUUCUGGAACGAGAGGAAACUAUGAUUUCCACUAACGAGGGGUUCAUCCUCAACAGGCUGAAGGCUGUGGAGAAAAGCCCAGAGGAAAUUAUUAAGGAGGCCCAUGAAAACUUUGCCCCUGAACCAUUACAGGUCGCCAGAGUGAUCCCCGAUGUCCCAGAAUCCCUGUCUCCACCAGCCAAUAAUCACAUGGAGCAAAACGCACGAAAGACUUUAUUUGCCAUGGAGAUAAACGUGACCAAAAACAUGCUCACGGGGAAGAGCACCGUCCUUUCUACAGCAACUGUCCCCCCUGAAGAGUUAAACCAACACACCGGGCUCAAGGUUUACGAUGAUGGCAGGAAGUGUGUCUAUGCUCUGAAUUCAGAAGAGGAGCCACAUGACAAAACCUGUGUAUCUGAGCUGUCGGCCAGCGAAGUGGAACAGUUGCUGAGAAGCGCAACAAUGCAUCGUCAAGUAAACUUUCCAAAUUACCACCAGAAUCCCAGAAGGAGGGAGGAUCACUGUUUUUACAACCACCAAGAUAAAAGAGACAGAGUGGAGAGGUGCGACGUCACUAACCAUGGAGGACGCUAUGGUAACCAUGCCCCCCGUAACCACGCAGCAGAGGAAGACCUUGGCUGCAUGCAGAGAAAACUACAGGACGAGCAUCGCCAUGGUCACCAGGAGCGCCUUCACAGGAGGCAGGAAGUGAGACUUAACCAAAGCAACCUGAGGGAUGGUCAUGGCUCUGGAAAGCACACGGGGGUGGGACUUCACUAUGGCAACCAGAAAGAUCAUUACUACAGUUCUAACCAGGGGAGAAAGUGUCCCAGUGUUCAGGAGGAUCGGCCUCCAAGUCACCACAGCAGCACUGUCAUCAGGAGCAACAGUAGGAUAAAUGGAGUCAAUGGAUCCAAUUGCUGUCCUCCUCCCAGAUCACAUGACCAGGAAGCAGUGUCGGCCUACCAACCUCAGCUCUGCUACACUCCAUUAAAUCACAUCCCUCUUAAAGAUUACAUUUGUGUGGAUGAAGAAGAACUUUAUUGUUACAACCCACCCUCGUACCACUCUGCUCGGUACAGGGGCCCCGACCGCCCCUCUGACAGAAUGCCCUCCCCCCUCUAUGGAGACGACACCCCUUACACCAUCCUCAAUGCCAUGGAGUCCACUGAGCCAAUCACAGCCAUCUUCAUGGGUUUCCAGACAGCGCAGGAUGACAGUGGGCAGGGUCAGGAGUUUGAGGGCUCUCUGAAGGCUGAGCUGGUCAUCAUCGAGGACAACGAAGACGAUGGUGGGGAGAGCAAUGUGAAGGAGAAGAAUCGCCACGCCCAGCCGGGUGUUAGCAACUACUCAACAGGAAGUGCAGCCAAUGGAAGUGUGGGAUGUGUGGAGGGAUUAGAAGGCAGACGGACAGAGGGACGGGUGGAACCAG